UGCUCCCAAUUUAUCAAAAGUAUCUGUUGUGAUAACUUUUUUCAACGAAGCAUGGUCGACUUUGUUAAGAACAAUACACUCGGUACUUCAUAGAACACCAGACUAUUUACUAAAAGAAAUCAUAUUAAUGGACGACUCUUCAUAUUUGCUGCCUCUUAUGAUCCGCUUAGAAAUUUUCGUAAAACACUUGCCCAAGGUAAAAUUGUUAAGAGGCGAUGAUCACAUGGGCGUUAUUAAAGCAAGAGUUCUUGCAGCUAAAGCCGCUGAAGCUCCAGUCAUUGUGUUUCUUGACAGUCACUGCGAAGUUACUCAAGGAUGGUUGGAGCCUCUUCUCGAUCGCAUAGCGAGAAACCCAACCACUGUUGCAAGUCCCACUAUAGACGAAAUAGACAGAAAUACUUUCGAAUAUAAACCUGAAGACAUAAAUGAUUUAAAAAUCGGUGGUUUUGAUUGGAAAUUGAAUUUUGUAUGGAACGUUUUACCUCGGGAACGUUAUAUUAAACUGACUCACGCUGCACAGCCUCGUGCAAGUCCUGUGCUACCAGGUGGAAUAUUUGCUAUCGAUAAGGACUUCUUUUCGCAUUUGGGGUACUAUGAUGAAGGUUUUGAUAUUUUUGGACGGGAAAAUAUGGAAUUGUCCUUUAAAGCAUGGAUGUGUGGGGGUAGAGUAGAAAUAUUACCAUGUUCACAUGUCGGUCACGUGCCGAGAAAAGGAAUUUUCUACAAGAAAAGCAAGAUGAUUGACAAUAAAAACGCUAUACGUAUUGCUCAGGUAUGGUUGGAUGAUUAUGCAAAAUAUUUUUACGAAACAAUUGGUAAUAAUAUAGGAAAUGUCGGAAGCGUAGAUCAAAGAAAACGGUUAAGACAGAAACUGAACUGCAGAUCUUUUGAAUGGUAUUUGAAAAACGUUAAUCCACAUAUGGAAAUACCUAGUAACUUCGCUGGCCGAGGAAACAUAAUCAACAACGAGCGUCUUUGUUUGGACUCAGCGGUUCCUCAAAACCGUACUGGAGAUGACGUUAUUUUGACAAAAUGUUACAAGGAAGGUGGAAAUCAGUAUUGGGUCUAUUCGAGACAAGGCGAAAUCAAACAAGGUCGUUGGUGCUUAGACUACGACGAGAAUCUGAAGGUAGUGCUGAACUUAUGUACCAGCAGGUUAAAAAGUCAAAUGUGGUUAUACAAGGAUUCUACUCACCACAUCAUGAACAUGCGGAAUCUUCUAUGUUUAAGAACAACAAAACAACCCAAAAAAUGGGGCGUCAUGUUAAAGAAGUGCUCAGACUCGCAUAAACAGAAAUGGAUAAUACUGAACUUCAGAGUAGAUUCCCUAGAUCCUGAGCUCCAAAUACUUUCUAAAAGGCCACCAUUCAAAUAUUAGACAAUAUUGAUAAUAUUUCCAAUAUUUGUUUACUUUAUGUUACUUUUAAUGCGUUACAUAAUAGAGUUCAAUAUGUUUGAUUUCACUUAUCGUUAUUAGUAUUUAAUAUUGAUUACAAUAGUGAGCCAUUUUUCUUUGAUAUUCUUUAUUAAUAAAAAGGAAUAUAUAGGUUUCAUAAAAUGCAUUAUAUCCGUACAUUAAAGCAAGGUCAUUAAAUUUCAUAACCUGAUGGAAAUUUAUUAGAAAAAGACUAUCAACCCUAUAAUUGGAUUUGCAAAACACCGAUUCCGUCGCAAUGUAAAGCUCUUCCUUACGCACCGCAACACCCCUUUCCUCUUCGUCUCCAGGCCCCUUGUCCGAUGAGCACACGUUCUAUCGCCGUUUCAAAGCACUAUAUGGCAUGUAGUUAUAAUUUAUAUGUAGUACAAUGCAGCGUCAUCGUCGCGUCGCAACGCCGACGCAAAGCUUCGUGUGGCAUCGCUCUUAACCAUAAAACAGUGUCUUCUCUAUUAGAAAUCUAUGAAAGUAUUUCGUCACCAUUUACAGCUACCAGACCUGGCUAGAGAUGUCGCUAUUCACUGUAUUAAAAUUUUUAUUGAAUUGAUAUUCAAUUAUUUUUUAUGUGAAAUUAUUCGUUUGUUAUAUUAGUGUCUUCUCUGUCACACAGUUGUGAGUGACAGAGAUGACGCUCGAUAAAUCGGAAAUCAGUCGAUCGUGAUUUUUUAAAGCUCGUUGUGUAACAUAAUAUAUAUACAGCCUAACUGAGGUUCCGAAAUGAGGUACAAUUACCUCAAUCUCAAUUUUCUUUAU